CCUGUUUCAGACUGUACUGCGGUGUCUGUUCUGCCCAAACAUAUUUAUUGCGCAGUGAAGACCGAGUCGGCGCACAUGUGAAAAAAUGAAGCCCACGCUUUUGUUCCUCUUCAUCAUUUGGUUUGCAGACGCGGAGCUAAAACCCCGGAGAGGCUCUGGGGUGGUAUGUACUUUUAAGGACAAGACAUACAGCCCAGGAGACAGCUGGCAUCCCUAUCUGGAGCCUUUCGGGUUCAUGUUCUGCAUGCGCUGUGUCUGCACAGAGGCAGCCCAUGUGAAAUGUAACACGAUCAGGUGCCCUGCUCUGCCCUGUGAAAACCCAGUAGCUGAGGCCCAGCAGUGUUGCCCGAGAUGCACAGAUGGGCCCAGGAUCCCCGCGGGCCUGAGGGCGUCAGUGAAAUCCUGCAGGUACAAUGGAAGUAUUUAUCAGCCGGGGGAGACCUUCACCAAGCACGACCUCUUCCCAUCCAAGCAGAGCAAUCAGUGUGUUAUGUGCUCAUGCUCUAAUGGAAACAUCUUCUGCGCUCUGAAAACAUGCCAACCAAUCACCUGCUCCUCACCAGUGUCAGUUCCAGAUACCUGCUGUUUGGUGUGUAAAGAUCAUGGCACCAGUGGGUCCUCAUCAACUGAGGAUGGAAACCAGCAGCUGAACAGAGGCGUUAGGCAUUCAGUCGACCAGUGUUCUGGAGAACCGACCAAGGCGCGGUCCGACCGUGCCACUCCGCCCAGGGUCAGGACUUCUCCCAGAGGCCUGAGCCUGAGUAAACUUAACCUCAAGGGUGCUUCAGAGACCACUGUGAAGAUUCUGUUGCAGAGGAAACACCAAAGAGCAUGUUUAUACAAUGGCAAGACGUACUCUCAUGGAGACAUGUGGCACCCAGUUUUGGGGAAGGUCCUGGAAUGCAUCCUGUGCACUUGUACUGAUGGCCUCCAGGACUGCAAGCGCAUCACGUGUCCCAGCCAGUAUCCAUGCCAACAUCCUAUGAAAUCAGCGGGAAAGUGCUGCAAGACUUGUCCAGAGAGUAAAGCUGAAAGUAACCACUCCCAGUGUUAUCCUGGAUUCAAAAAUAGCAUCUUGGUGUAUAAAGUAGACUCAUCUCUCAGACUUGACCCGCCCACCACAGUUAGGAUCAUUGCUGUUGCAAGACAAAGAACUGCUGAGGUUGAAGUGCAAGUGUGGAAGACUGCAGAAGGUGUUUUACAAUUAAUGGAAAUUGGUGACAGUCAGAGAAAAUAUAUCAAGGAUCAUCCAGAAAACUACACAAUGCUUACAACACUCGACGAAGAGACAUGGAGGAAAUUUAAAGAAGAGGGAGGAAACUUGACCAAAGUUCCUCAGACCACAAUUUGUGAGGACGGCAUUCGUGAGGUGGUGAUGUUCCUGAAUCCCAUGCAGACUGAAGGCCUGUGUUCACCCUAAUAAUCACUCUGUAUAUUAAUACUCCCCAUAAGAACAUGGUUGACAUAUACACUACAGUCAUGCCUGUUGCACUCCGGCAUCACUCCUGUCAUCAUCAUGGCGUUUCUCAUUUAUGAUGUUGUUGUUUGAUAUUGUGUUUAUAAUUUUUUAAUCAUCACAUAUUUUGAUUUGUUAAUUAUUGGGUUUUAAAACGCAGGCUACUGCAGUGUGGUUCAUAACAAUCUUGGUCAUAAACUGGAAGAUAGUUCUGCCUCCACCUGUCACAAUUCAAACAUUAUUAGAUUGGAUGGAUUAAGUCGGAGGCUCUAAAUAAAAUCCGAAAAAAGGUGAAAAGUGAAUGUGGUGUGCUGAGCUUGGAGCUUCAGUAUCCAGUCGUACAUUGUUACAUUGCAGCUCAGCGAUGUUUUGGGAUCAGUAUUUUUCAAACAAACCCUUAAAUAUAUGAUUAUAAUUUGUAUUUGAGAAUAUGCUCGGCAAGGGGCUUGCUCUGUUCAGAAUGUAAAGGUUUGUUUUAAACAAUGUUGUAUGAUCAACAUACUGUAUUUAUUGUAAAUACCAAUUGGCGUUUUGUAACCUUAUUUAAAGCGAAUUGGUUCUUGUAUGAUUUCUGUAAAUACCGUAAGUUUGAAUGUUGUUUUUUUCCUUUGCAUAAAGUAGCGAGAAGCAUCGCAUUGUGGUAAAGACACAAUUUUAUCAAAAACUGUGUCGGUUAUUCUGAAAACAGCCUUCAGAUAUUUUUCUUUCUGAUGUCAAAUAUACACCUACUCUAGCUAUUUUUAUACAGACACAGGAUUUGCUUUGUUGUCGUAGCCUAAUGACAUUUUUUACAACUCCACAUACCAGAAAUAUUUGUAUUAUAAAGUGGCCAUUGUUGAUGUAGCUGAAUGCACGCUGUACCUCUGCUCACAAUUUUAGCCCAUAAAGUUUUCUCAGUGUUUUGAACCAUU